GGUCGCGUCGAAAAAGAUCUCAGAAGUAUAAAUAAACCUUAUAUUGGACCAUAUGUAAUUAAAGGUUGUGAACUAGUGAGUAAAUAAUAUAUCUUCCGGAACUCUCCGCUUAUUUCCGUUUCGUUGUGAACAUCAGUGGGCACUCUGUCGUCAUGAGGUGUCGUCAUAAUAAUGGGAUAGCGGAAUCUGUCGAUUAGGUACGUAGUGAAACGGAAACAGCCAUCACUGGCAGCAGCUGCUGUGUCUGGCUAAACAACUGUUUAGUAAUAGCACGUUAACCCAAUGUUAUGCAUACAUGAUAUGGACAACCAAACUAUUUCUAGCGCCGGUAGUUCAGAAUCUUUGAACAGACUUAAGACUGUGUUUGAAGUGUGUGAUGAGAAAAACGAUGGAUACAUUACAAUCGAGCAUUUCGAAAACUUGAUUCGCGAACAUUUUGGAGAGGGAGAAAGUGAGGAAUUACACGGAAUUAUUCAAUUCUUAGACCCUGAGAAAAAGGGCAAAAUUAACUUUAGUGACUUCUGUCAAGGUGUACAACGGAUAUUAUCAUUACAAGGUAACAAUCUUAUAAAAAGGAGUUGGUCAGAUGUAUCUGAUGAUGAAUUGAAUUUUGAAAAAAACGCUGAAUCUUCUGAGACCAGUACAAAUACUUAUGCUGAAUAUGAUAUCAAUACAGAUGAAGAUGCAUGCACUUCACUGAAUACUGAAUUUUUUCCAACUCCUGUUGGCAAUUUUGAUGUACAAUUACAAGUGGCUUCAGAAGAUGACAGAGAUAGUUUUAUCAGUGGCCGAUCAUCUGAAGUAACUGAAAAUAGUCGUCAUGACAUAACAGAUGAAGAUAACUAUGAAGAUUUUGGUGAAGGAGAAGAGUUAGAGUCUCAAUCAGAAGCCGACAUCCCAUCUCACACUAGAGGACAUAUUAACUGUGUUAACUGUAAAAAAGCUCGUCAUCGAAGAGAACUUUUGCCUCGUCAUCACAAGCGAAUCUGGCCCAAUAAACGUCUUAGUUCAGCUGCUUAUGCCAGUCAAUUACAACGAGCUAGUCGUAGCCCAUCUAGAAGAAAUAGUAUAGGUUCUGAUGAACUUAUUGAUGAUAUUGAUGGGAAUUUUGAAGUAUUAAAUGACAAAGUAAGAAGUCUUGAAAAGCAAAUUUCACUUUUGACUGAAAGCCAAAUGAAGAAUGAUGAUAAGCAUCAGAGAUUAAAAGAAGAAAACUGUAGUCUUAUUCAAAAUGAUAUCGUUUAUCGGGUUCACAUUUUGGAGGAGCAGCUCCGGGAGAUGGAAAUUCGGUCUGAUGAACAAGUAAAAGUUGAGCAAAGGAAACACAAGGAAUAUACAGGUCGGCAUGACCGAGAUAAAGCUGAACAGUUACUAUACUUAAGUCACAGAUUACAAGAUGUAGAUCGACAUUAUGAAACCACCAAGGAAGAAGCCGCCCGACUUAGAAGUGAAGUAGAGAAAUUAAAAUCGGAAAAGUUAGAAUUACAUGAUAAAUUAGCUGAAACUCAAUACUCUUAUGCCACAUUACUGGAAGACAAUGAAAAGCAGCAGGCUGAAAUGGCAACACAAAGUGACAAUUUUGAACAUGAACGUAAAGCAACUGCUCAGCUUCUUGACGAAUUAGGGAAAGAAUUAAAAGAACUUAGGCAAUAUAAAAUUGAAACUGAGCAUAUUCGUCAAACACAGAAAAAUGCAUUAGAAUUGCCAGACAAAUGUCGAGAAUUAGAAGAAGAAAUAAAGAAAUUGCAAGAGGUUUUACGGCAGGAGAAUCGUACUCUUCGGGAUUCUAAUGAUGAUUUAAAUGUUCAGUUAUUAAAUCGUUGUAUGGAGGAAGGUCGACGACUACUUAAGUAUAAUGGAGCCAUUUCACUAGCAGAUGAAAUUGAUAACUUAAGUAAAGAAGAGCUAAUGAAUGCUUUGAAAGAACAACAAGAUGUGAAUGAUCGCCUCAAGAAGUAUGUUGAUAAAAUCAUCCUUAAGAUAUUAGAGAAGAACCAGUCUUUACUUGAAAUCAACCAAUGAUUAAAAUGGUCUUUAUUUUAUCUUUAUUUUCACCAUGAAUAAUGUUGAGACAAUGGUACCAACAUCUCCAACUUCAACACAACUGCAGCACAUACCAAAAAAUAGCCCUCCAAAUUUACUCAUUUUCAGCAUUUCUUCAUUCUCUCCUUUAUCUUGAAAUUUUAAAACAUCGAUACUCAGAUAAGAGAAAAUGCUUUAAAUUUUUCAUAAAGAAUUUUCAAAUCAGGGUUAUUUUUUUUUAAAAAAAAAUCCCUAAACUGCAUUCAAUAAAGACUUUACCUUCAGGAA